CACUUUCGGGGUCCCACAAUCGGUGGACACCAGAUAGUAUGGGAAAUAACGAUUGCUUCACUGUUUCGAGAAUGCGAACGCGGGCUGUUUGCCUUACCUUAAAGUGUGGUUGUAGUACAUUUUGAAGAGGCGUGUAUGUUAUGGUGCAACCGGAGCAAUUGUCAAUUAAAAGCGGGAACCUUCAACUGCGUGUCCAGUGCGCGGGCUAUCAUUGCAGCUGAUUGCAAGUGAUGGAUCGAUUGGCAACACACGUCCCCUCCAUUGGCUGGUGGUGGUGAGAACCGCUCGCGAAUAUCAUACUCCUUCAUGCCACUAUUAAUUAACGCAUUGAUGCAAACACGAUGUCAAACAUUUCGAUCGUUUUUUUAUUUUAUUUUAAUUUUUUUUUACAUUAUCUCAUGCUCGACCUUUAAUUCCUCCACCUUAAUGCGCGGCAUCGUCGGUCAGUUGGUGAUGUGAUAUCUGCUAUCUCUUGGUCCGGGAUGCGUGCGUAAGCGUGUGCAGAUAAGAGGGCUGGCGACGGGUUACCGUUACUAUCGUCCAAGCAUUUGGGUGGCCCAGAUAAGACAAGGGCAUCAGUUUACUAUUUUGGCGUCGUUGUUGUUAAUAAUACCUGCAAACAAAUUAUCUCCGAGCAUGUUGUUUUGGUCGGCGAAGGUGGCGAGGGGGCUGUUGUAAGAUAUGUUGCUUUACGGGGAAGCGGUGUGAGCGAGCGUACGUUAUCGUUCAAAAAUUCUUGCCACAUUAUUCACCGCGUUAUGCUGUUCCCUUUUAAACGACAAGAGGGUGUAUUUUAGAAGCUGCGGAUAGAAAAAUCACAAUCAAAAAUGGAUAAUUAGAUUUGAAUUUGAUGAAAGAUUUUGAUUCCCGAUCUUCAUAGUGUGUUCGAUCAAGGACUUGGACACGUCAUUUAAGGAUCUCAUAACCAUCAUAAUAGAUUUCCUUUUGGAGGGUCAUGCAAUGUGAGACCGUCGGUGUUGCUAGGCUUUGCAUCCCGUUGUGGGAUUUAAAUCUCGUAUUGAUAUCCUCAUUUCUUGAUAUUCAAUUUUAUCCCUUUUCCGUUCCGAAACAUUGCAUAAUAAAUGACGGGCUACCUCUCUAUGUACCUAAAUACAUUCACUUCCUGUAAGGCGUUUUUUUUUGCUGUUAUUGUGUGCAUUCGGAAGCGCUCUCUUCUGCGCUGCAACUUAACACAUAAGCGCUACAAAGUGUUAUGACGUCGCCAGUGGUGGCGACCUUCGCUGUGGGUUUCGUAUUUCCAUGCUCACGAGCCUGCUGCUAGCUCCGUUAUGAAUUGGAUCGUUUGUUGUCGGACCCGGGAAGAUACCGAACGGCGACAAUGGUGAAGAAUGGAACUGUGUACCUAGAUUGCACAUGUAGUUGCGCAAUGUAUGGUUGCGCCCCUUUGCGAAUCUCUCUGCCAGCAUUCGAUCGUCUUAUCAAAAAGAACCAGAUCCCGCCAGCCUGCAGUGUUACGGUUCGGUGGUUUGCUAUGUACACACAUAGACACAGGCACGGUAUUGCAUUCGCGCGUGCCACUCGUGAAGCAAAGCCCACCGCCGGCAUUUAAUUUUAUGCUAUUUCCCGAUUGUAGAAAUCUAUCUCUAUCCUUUUCCAUACCUUCCAUACGCUUUCAAUAAGUAUGUCCUUUUCGACUAAGAAAAAAAUACAUUUCGUCCUUUUUGUCUGAAAGCGGUACAAACGAAGGGGAGCUAUAUUUAUCCUUCUGUCAGCAGUACCACCACCACCACCGCCGCCGCCGACCAGCACCUUACCACACGCCAAGAAAGGGACCUCCACUGCUGGAACAGCUGUUCCGGCUCGAUCUUGCAUCCCUCUGCGCCGCCGUCACACAUGUAUGCGCACCUUUCCUUUGCCUAUGUAUAUACCCGCUUCGCCUUUGUCGUAGCGCGCGCACACACACCCUAGGGGACCGAUCGUGCCCUUUGCGCUUCUCUUUCUUGUCGCACUCCCGGGGCGAUAGCCGGGCGGAGAGGGCAUUUAAUGUGUACUGCAGAACUGUUCUUCCUUCGGACGUACUUCCGAUUCGAACAUGAUGAAGGCUGUAAAGUGAGAGGAGGAAGGAAUGCUCCGAGUGAGUGAAAUGGAAACGGCGGCUGUUUUGGUGUACGGGCAGAUGUGUAUGGUUUGGGGUGUUUGUAGCUAGCGCCAGCGGUGGUGCGGAAGGUGAGGCGCGUACGAUAUAAGCCAAUUCCCCUAAUGUGCACUGCACAACGACGUUCUUCGGGCCCGUUUACGUGUCCUAUGUACGCAUGGCGGCGCGCUGCUCGUGUUGCGCAUUGCUGGUGGUAGUGGCGCGUGCUAAUACCACGAACCUUAUUCCAGAGGGGUGAAGGAACGAGGUAUGGGGGGGAUUAAUGUUGUACAUAAGCCAACGCGCCGAGUGAGUGUAAAUUUUUAACGAACUUUUGUCCCCGUGCCGCCGCUUUCCGCUCCGGCAGGCAUUGCCAAGGGACGGAUCCUGCGGGUUAAAGCGAGGGUCGCUUUCUUUACUUGCUGCUUCCUUUCGUUGUUGCCCCCCCUGGUUGUCGAUGAAAAGCGACCGUUGCAAACGGAACGUACCACACCCCAGGUUCGGGUCGGCGCAGAAGGCUUCCAACCGUUGCGCAGUGAGGAUGCGUGCGUGCUGCGGCUGGUUGAUGCGCGUUUGGUUGGGAUGCUAGAUUUUGGGCAGACGCUUUAAGGGCAAACCAGUGCUGAUUCCAGUGUGGCAAAGUGUGUGUGUGCGCUUUAGUUAAAAUUCAGUGUAAAGUGUGAUUAAAAAAUACAUCUAAAAAGUGAUUUAAAGUGAUUUUGAAGAAUUGGAAAACAGAGAGAGAGAAAAAAAAACGAAACAAUGACGUCCCAGCAUAACUACACCAAUCCGGCGUUCUGUCAGCAGAGCGAAUUCUACACCCCUCCCAAGACGCCGGGGAUGGCGGGAUCGCUGAUGUCGGUUGCGGCUACCACCACCACCAGCAGCUCCAUGGCAACGCGGCGCAACGAGCAGCUAACGCGCUCGUACAAUCGCAUCUCGUCGAAGAUCGUCAACCGGCAGCACAGUAUCGCCUCCUUUGACCAACGCACGCGGGCGGGCGGUUCACCGAUGCCGGGCAAACCGUUGGUUAAUGCGCGUCUGCUAGACCGGUACGGUCCAGUCGGUGGCAAUGGAACCCAACAGCAGCAGCAACCACAAUCGCUCGGUGGCGGCAGCACUAGCGGUAGCCGUUACGCGUUAGUUCCGGUGGAGGAAAUUCCCUUCAACGUGGUGCGCAAGUACAGUGUCGUCAACGAGACGCAGCUGUCGCUCGGUGUAACCAGCAGUGCUUCGCGCAGCGAGGAAUUUCUCGAUCGCGUCGGCAGCGUGCCGAAUCUGAACGGUGGUGGUCGGAUGAUGGUGCGAGAUCCGAACCGGAAUGGUGCGCUGAAUCGUACGCAGGAAGCAGCGGUCGGCGAAGAGGAAGACGACGACGACCGUGAGGAAGACGAUGGUGGUGUGCACAAUCUGUCCGAUCAGUUCCGCAGCCUGCCACCGAUGAUGUCGUCCCAUUCGACCGCACUCGAUCAGCAUUCGGGGUCGCGGUUAAAGAACGCUUUCUCGUCCGACUUUGGUUCGAAAUCGUUCAUCCUUUACGAUCAGCGCAACAACCAGCGCUUCGAGAUGGUACCGACCGAGGAGGACGAGGAGCUGGUGGACGACAAUCAGGAGAUCAUACAGAUGCACAACGGGCGGGCCCAUCGGUACGCCAUCAUACCGAGCAUUGCGGACGAUGAGGACGAAACCUGUCUCAGCAACGGAGGCGUAACGGACGAACCACCGACGGCCAUUCAUCGCACCCCGUCGUCGCAGUCUCAGCAGCAGCACUGUGGAGGCGUGUCUGCUGUGUCCGUGUCGCGGCGCGAAACGCCCAACCCGCCCAAACCACCCGGCAGGGCCGGAUCCGUCACUAGCACCCCCUCGAAAGUGCAUCCGGGACAGCAGCAGCAGAGGGAGGAAACGACACCGAAGAAAAAUGCCGCCACCCAAAAGCUGCACGAGCUGCUUACCACGCCGCAGAAGACGCCGAAGCAGUGGCGCGGUACCGGCUAUCCCGCCGCCCCGUCACCGUUCAGCGCCGGUAACACUCCCAACACGACGCCCCGCCGGGCGGCAAUGGCUGCCGUCGCGUCCGGUCCACCGGCAAUGAUGAUAUCCAGCACACCGAAGCAAAAGCAACCGCCGCAACAGCACCAACACUACCAGCAGCAGCAGCAGCAGCAACAGCUGCAACCGAUGGCCAUUCCGACGACGGCCAUCAUAAGCCCACGGCUAAACUCGGACAUCUAUAGCGAGAAACCGCUGCCGUUGGAUCCGGAGAAGCAACCGGCCAGCUGGGCCGCGUCACCGGACGGUACCAAGUCGUGGCGCAAGAUGGCGAACGCGUCCGCCACGAUCGGGGCCGUCUCGCUGAUGCUGAUCCUGUGCGGGUUCAUGAACUCGGGGCUCAGCCUGUACAUGACGGCGAAGCUGGGCCGCGAGUUUUACCUCGACAUGGGCAUACUGGCGGGCUUUUCCGCGAUCGCGCUCGGCAUACUGGGCUUCAAGUCGCGCCAGUGCGACUGGCUGCCGAACCGGAACUACAUGUCGGGUUUCGUGUUGGUUACGAUAUUUUCGCUGCUGAACUGCUGCGCCGAAGUGAUACUGAUGACGAUGCACCCCUAUCCCGGGACGCCGCUGAACGAUGUCACUACGGGGAUUAUUCUCGGACUGUCGUCGUUAAUUAUUCUGCUGAUCAGUCUCGGUGCGAUCACUUCCCGCUGGUGCCGUGCACCGCCGCCGGACAAUCGUAUCGAUGUGUACACCGCGGGUCCGUAAGCGUGGAGAAGCAACCAAAAAGGGGGAACAAGAGCAGUGUUUGAAGCCUUAAAAUAUUAGACGGCAAUGCGAUCGAGCAAAACAUCACAAUUCUAGUGUAAAUGAAGUGAGGAAUCCUUAACUAUUUAUUGUAAAGCGUUUGUUAACCAAUGAGAGCCAUUUGAACCGUUUGUGUGACUACUCCCCAGCAGUACUUAUUGAAACGAAUAAACCACGAAUAUAUAUAUUGAAA